ACAUUUCUGACUCAAGACUGGGAAAAAUUAGUGGACAAUUUAUGGAUUAAUCUAUACAUUGAAAACAUUCCAGCAUACAGGAUGUCAGGAAACUUGUCUCUCUUUUCAGUAAGUCCCACAAUCAUUUGGGACAACUCCUCUCUGUUAAUCACCUCCCCUCCUCGCUUCCCACCUAACUGGGAGGCACCCACAUUCACUGUAGCUGCUCGCUUCCGUGUGGUGGCCACCAUGGUGCUCUUUAUCUUCGCUGCUAUCAGCAACCUCUCAGUACUGAUCAGUGUCACCAGGGGACGUGGACGCCGCCUAGCAUCCCACCUGCGGCCUCUCAUCGCCAGCCUGGCCUCUGCUGACCUGGUCAUGACUUUUGUGGUUAUGCCACUUGAUGCUAUUUGGAAUGUCACAGUGCAGUGGUAUGCCGGUGAUGCCAUGUGCAAGCUGCUCUGCUUCCUCAAGCUCUUUGCCAUGCACUCCGCUGCAUUUAUCCUAGUGGUGGUCAGUCUGGACAGGCACCAUGCCAUUCUGCACCCGCUGGAAGCUCUAGAUGCUGGACGCAGGAACAGGAGGAUGCUGCUGGCUGCUUGGAUCCUCAGCAUACUGCUUGCUUCUCCACAGUUGUUUAUUUUCAGGACAAUUAAAGCUAAAGGAGUAGACUUUGUGCAGUGUGUUACACAUGGAAGCUUCCAGCAGCGAUGGCAGGAAACAGCCUACAACAUGUUCCACUUUGUCACCCUCUAUGUGUUCCCUCUGCUUGUCAUGAGUUUCUGCUAUACUCGAAUCCUAGUGGAAAUCAACCGCCAGAUGCCACGUGGUAAAGGAAAAGGUGGGGAACCUUGUCUGAGACGCAGUGGAACUGACAUAAUCCCAAAAGCACGUAUGAAGACCCUAAAAAUGACCAUCAUUAUUGUGGCAUCCUUUGUAGUGUGCUGGACGCCAUACUACCUGCUCGGCAUCUGGUACUGGUUCCAGCCUCAUAUGCUACAGGUGAUGCCAGAAUACGUCCACCAUGCCCUCUUUAUCUUUGGCAACCUUAACACAUGCUGCGAUCCGGUCAUCUAUGGUUUCUUCACGCCCUCGUUCCGAACAGACAUAAUCAGCUGUUUUUGUAGAAAGAAUCAUAAUUCUUCUCCUCAAUCAUUGGACCGACUCUCUGCACGGAGAGGGGGAGCAAGUGGAGAAGCCGAGUCAGACCUCGGAAGUGGUGACCAGCCCAGUGGACAACAAGCAUAGAGGGACAAGACACCUCAGUGGAGUUAUGGAGUGACUAAACUACCAUUUAUUAUGUCAGGCAUAUAUAGAUUUGCCUGUUUACAGAAUUUAA